UUUUUUGGCUUUCGCCUUUGAUAUUAUUUCAAAAUUCAACUUUUCACCGUGAAGCGGGGGGCUUCCUCCGAUGUAUGGUGAUGCUUUGAUUUGAACAAUUCUCAGAUUUUUUAUACAGUCUAAACCAAUCGAUUUUGGGGGAGGUUUUUGGUUUGAGCUGAUUUCGUUGUUGUCAAGAUCUAAGGUUUUCUGAAUCGACGAUUUAAAGAGUGAGCUGGGGGAAAGAAAGAGGUGCCGCCGGAGUAGGUAGAGAUGGCGAUCUUAUUUGCGUUGGUGGCUCGAGGAACGGUGGUGUUAUCUGAGUUUAGCGCUACUUCUACUAACGCGAACUCAAUCGCUAAGCAAAUUUUGGAUAAGUUGCCUGGUAACGAUAGCGAUAGCCACAUGUCUUACUCUCAAGAUCGGUACAUCUUCCAUGUCAAGCGUACCGAUGGUCUUACCGUUCUCUGUAUGGCCGAUGAAUCCGCCGGAAGGAAUAUUCCGUUUGCUUUUCUGGAUGAUAUUCAUCAGAGGUUUGUGAGAACAUACGGCCGUGCUAUUCAUUCAGCUCUAGCUUAUUCCAUGAAUGAUGAGUUCUCAAGAGUUAUAAGUCAGCAGAUGGAGUUUUAUUCCAAUGAUCCAAAUGCAGACAGGAUGAGUAGGAUUAAAGGUGAAUUGAGUCAGGUUAGAAACGUGAUGAUUGAGAAUAUUGAUAAAGUCUUGGAUAGAGGGGAGCGUUUGGAGUUGCUAGUUGAUAAAACUGAAUAUAUGCAAGGCAACACUUUUCGUUUCAGAAAGCAAGCUCGCCGUUACAGAACUGUUAUGUGGUGGAGAAAUGUUAAGCUUACGAUUGCUCUGAUACUUGUACUCGCGUUGGUUGUGUACAUCGCGAUGGCCUUUGUUUGCCAUGGGGCAACUCUUCCUUCAUGUUUCAAGUAAGAAGACACUCUUACUUUCACCUUUCCCUUCUUGGGAAUAUAUCAGUCUCUGUUUCGAUCUUGAAAUGUGAGAUAUGCGUUGUGUAAAAUGUGUGUUUAUGUGCUUUUUCAAGUAUCAAGCUUCUACAUAUUGUUUCGAAUUUGAGAAUCGACUGUUAUUUGUUAGUGUGAUAUAUUUCACUGUUAAUGAUCAUCCCUUGUCUGUUUGCAAUUUAUGCUGCAACAUUAAGACUUCAGAGUCUCUCUGUUUAAAGAUUAUAUAAAGAAGUCGUUUUUCA